AGCCUGCUGCAUCUCACUCGACAGUACCGACAGCCCUCGCCCAGAGGUAUCCAUUCCCGCCUCCGCCAUCGUCACACCCUCGUGCAAGCACCAUGACGCGGCAUGCGUCCGUCAGUGGGGGUACAAGCGGAGUGCUGGACUUGGGUAUGUAUCGUCUGAGUCACGACGCCAUCUCACCGCUGAAAGCGGGCGCAGGCUCCUUGCCUGAUUUCAACGCCUCCGAUGUCGCGGCUUCAGGUGCAGUGGGUCCGCUCAACAUGAACGCUCUACCUGUUCCUCCGCCGCCGCUCUCCAUCUUGCUUUUCCGCACACCCAUCCCUUCUUCAGAAGGCACGGACCCAUACCACGAUGCAUUCGGCUCCUUCUGCCUCCCGUCGUUCCCCAUGUCUGCGCUCGAGAGCGGCUCCUCUACCCCGCUGCCGCCGCCAAUCAACCCGAACACGCUCUCGGGCCCGAUGGACCGCUCCGGCGCAGAAAUCCUCAAGUCCGCGCUCAACUUGUCCACUACCGGCCGACGGAGAGGCCGCUGGAUCGUGGAUGACCCGACGCUUACGACGCACCACCUGAUGAGCAAGGAUGGAGACGAAGUCAAACUCCUCAAUCGUUUGACCGAAAUGACGGGCGGCAAUCAGGUCAUCACCAACGCUCUCAUGGACGAUGCGAUCGAAUACUGCGUAUCCAGUAUACCGAUCUUGACCACCAGCCAUGUCAACCUCCAAGAGCUGGUAGAGCGGAUGAUUAACGGCACGCACGUCGUUUUACCUCAGUACCCGCUCGAAACAGGGUCAGCUUUUCAUGCAGCUCAUGAAAAUGAGAACGGAGCAACAUCUACCCCACAAUCUGGGGACGUACAAGCCAAGCAGAGGGUGUUCAAGCAGCAGAUGCGGUAUCGGGGCGUGAUUGUCACCAGUCAGAGAGCCGCAGAUGCCUGGGUCAAGGCAGCGCGCAUGGCUGCAAAUAGGUUGAUCGAGGAAGCUAGCGCUCGAGGAGAGUCGCACACGACACCGCCGCUCACACUUUGGCCCCGCAUCCCAUUCUUUGCAGUGGGCCCAGCAACCGCGAACGCGUUGAAGAAUGCAGCGAUCACGCUUCCCACGCCCUUCCGGCCUCGCCUUGUGCUCGGCGGGGUAGCGACAGGCACGGGCGAAUCACUAGCCAACUAUGUCAUCAAGCACUUUGCCGACGGGCCCGGGUCGCGUCCCCCGGGCUACUGCUCACCGGGGAAUCGGAGCCCCGUGCUGACUCGCAGUACCAUUCUAGACGGUAAAAGUGGCGCGGAUAUAAGCAUCGAGGGUGAAGAAGCCCAAUAUACCGGCCCGCCGCCGAUCGAGCCACUGCUGAUCCUGACCGGGGAUAAGAAUUUACCAACCAUUCGCAACAUGCUUUCUACUGUCCGGCGGCCACGCCCGACGAAGGAAGACGGUAGUGCGGGUUGUCUGACAGAGCCAGCAACGACCACGGUGGCACCAGCAGCAGGCGCGGCCGCUGAUACAAAGCCACUAGGGAGGCGGAUGAUAUCGAUGCCGAAAUCCAAGGAGCUAUGGGAGAUGUCCCCAAUCCCAUUCGAGGAGCUGCAAGUCUACGAGACGAGCGAAGACCCAGAGUUCGACGCGCACCUACGCUCGUUCGAGCAGUCGCUUCCACCCGGCAGCAGUCGUCCCAACAGCCGGCGUCCCAGUGCAAGCGAGAGCGAUGGUGGCGGCACCAACACCGGGCUCCUGAGCGCGCUGAGCGGUCCGCCGCCCAACAUGCUCUCCGCUGCCAUCUCAGGGGCAGCGUCGGGAUCACCAGGCACCACCGCAUUGCAGGCGCUUGACCCAAGCGCGCCUGCUGCCAGCAGCGGCAGUGCGGGCGGUUCGAGCAUACCAGCCUCGGAAGGAAGCAUCAGUACGCCGAGCAGCGCAAGCGUAAGCCGUAGAUCUAGCAUCAAAGCGAAGAUCUUGGCCGAACGACUCAAUGUGGUGAAUAAGGGUGUGCUGGCGAACGGCUUGCCCAGCCCGCUAAUGUCCGGAGCGCCGCUGGAAGGCAGUGCGAGCGCGCUUGCACCGGGUGUAACAUCCACGCCGCUGGGCGGCGCCAGUACUGCGCCAGGGACACAUCCCGGUCCAGGCGCAAGGGAGCGGGCGCAGAUGAAUGGAAGCGCUGUUGGCCCUGGUGGUUCUAUUAUGAUGCCUGCCGCAGUGCACGCGACCCCAGCGUUCUUGCAAGCAGCAGGCGGAGAGGAAGCGACGAUGCUAGGCCUGCAACAGAAAGCCGAUGUAGGUGCUAUGCCCGUGGCCGCCUCGGAGUCAUCCAGCGCUGUAGGCAGCGCAACGCACGUCCCCGGGACCGACAAUUCGGCCACUGGAGCGUCCGUACUAUGUACCUUGCACGAGCCCACCAUGCCGAGUCCCCUGCUCGGAAAAUCUCUGCAUCCCUCCAAUUCGCAGGCUUUUGUCAGCUCUGCACUAUCCCUCGAGCCCAUCGCUGCGUCUGAUUAUCCAAUACCUGGAGUCGUCGGUGCCGGGAUUUGUAGCGGAAACUCGAGUGGCAGCGGCAAUAUCAACGGCACUGGUGCCGCAAACAGUCCAUCUUCUGGCGGUUCGUGGAAUGUGACGCCCGGAGGCUACCGUGCCAGUGGCUCUGCUCCUUCCCAAGCGCACGAGAAUAAACUAGGCACUCUCGACGAGGACAGCGCUUUGACGGACGAAGCACUAUUGGAGCAUGCAAUCACAGCUCAACAGAACAGGGUGGCGCAGUCGCACAAACCCGAUUGGAUUGUCUUCUUCUCACCGUCAGGUGUGCAGUACGCUUUGCCGCACCUCCGGUGUCGCAAAUGGAUCCCACCCGAGCCUCCCGCAGAGGCAGAGCCACCGCCAAUCGACGCCAAGCCUGGUGCGGGAAGCAAGUAUCCGCGCAUCGCUGUGCUUGGGCCUACGACCAAAAGCUGGGUCAGACAUAACUUGCACAUCUUGCCCGACGCUGUCGCAGCUAGCCCUGCGCCCACGGAGCUGAGGGAGGCAAUCAAUCUUGUGGAGAAGAAACGACGUAUCGAAAGGAUGAAGCAGCUGCUGGAAGAGAAAGAGAACGUAAAUGAGAAAUAGAAAGAGAAAUUCAGAAGUCGUUGCGGCGCAGACACAGACUUGACCUCCAAGCGAGUGAUAAUUUAGUGAAUCGUCGUAACCGUCCUCGAAGUAAUCGCAGCAAGGACCACACAGCCAAGUCUCAAACAUUGUACAAAGGUCCUCUCAUGCACGGGUAGUCAGCAAAGCAGUAUUGAUGC